AUGAAAAUACACCCUUACAUUAUUUGGAUUAAGGUAGUUUUCUUAAUCAGUGUUCUAAUAAUGAGCACGCAUAGAGCGGAUAUAUCACUAAGCGAAAUAGAGUUAACUCUGGAAUUUGGAGUUGCAGCAGGUGCAUCGCUAGUGAAGAUAAAUCCGAAUGGCCCUCUCAACUUCUUCCGCGGAUACAUCUAUCAGAAGAUGGAGUGCAUGUACAAUAAAAGAUUUUUUGCUCCGCAGAUUAGUACAAAGUAUGAAUUAAAAAAAGAAUCUAUAGAUGAGGGCUAUGAAGAAUAUAAAUACAAUCGAGAUAGACAGAUGGACAGAGCGCACAAAGCACUACCCACUAGUAAAAUGGAUGUAUUUUUUGAAAAGUACCAUAAUCAUCUGAUUGAGCUGUUUCCAUCCCCAACGGGUGACAUAACCAUUGAGGCACGAAGUAACCAGUCCUUCAUUCAGUUCCUUCGGGCUAAGACAACAGAGAAACAUGCAUUGCAGAUUCUUGCUAUGCUACUCCUUUUCUCAGAGGGAGUGCAUAUUCCCAUUGAUGUCAACAACAAGAAGCUGAAGGUGUAUGAAACAGAUAAAAAAGACAAAAUAUACUUUGAAGUGGACAUGAUCAUCCCAUGGUUGAAUAGAGAAACAAAUGAAACAAAAAGGUUUGAACAAAAGAAAGUUAAGCAAAUGAUCAAAUUCUUCCAGAAGUAUGCAACCAAUCAGGAAGUACUUAGCAUGAUGGUGGACAAGUGCUCAUACGAUGAGUUUGCUACAGGAAAGUUCUUAGACAGUCCAAAGUUUCUGAUCCAGUCGUACAUAUUCAGGUUUAUUAGCACCGCAGAGCGUGCAACAGAAUUUAUCCAGACUGUGCACACUAUGACAGAAAAAUAUGCACCAAAGACAGAGGCUCCAAGUAAAAAUGACUCUGUAUACGACAGGCUUUUUAAACCAGCUGGGACUGAAGCAGGUUCUGACUGCAUGGCUCUAAUGAAGAAAACACAAAAGAUCUUAAAUACAUAUGGGGUAUUUCCAUUUGCAGACAGCACGCAGAUUCCUAGAUACACAUCUGUCCCUUGGCGCGACCCGACAACAAAAGAGUUUUCUACUAACCAUUUGAAAGACUACAGCAACUGUGUGGAGUGCAUGAUUCUCUCCCUCUUCUGCUGCCUGGCAUAUGACCCAGCAGAGAAAAUUUAUCGGACAGACCACAUGGGGAAUGUCUCUAAAGAGCUUAAAGAAUUCUUCGCCUCAGAAGAGAACAAGUCAUUUGACACAAAAAAGGCCAACUUUCAGAAGAACUGGUGCAGAGUUGUUGCGUGCUUGGAAGAGCCUAGAAUUGCAUACUGCAGGGAUAGAAAUGAGCUAGACUGUGGAAUCAUAAACAUGCUCAUGGUUAUUGCUGAAGUAGUAAAUAUUUCUGAAGAAGAAAAAGACAAAGUAUUUGGCUUUUCAGAGAGGUUAAAGGAGGAAGAGGGGGUGUUAGAGAAUAGUCUUUCGAAGGAUAUUCAAAAGUACACAAAAACACUACUUAAACGCCUAUCCAAGACAGAAAAUGUAGAAAUAGAGUUUUCUCAGCUUAAAAUUAAUAGGUGUAUUAAUGGAAGAUACGAUGUAUAUGGAAAGAUUGCUAUUUUAUUUGAGCAAGAUGGCAUCAGGAAUGAAAUAGUCCUGGGAAUAUCUAAAGGCCAUAGUGCUAUUGAAAUGGAGUCUGUUGUUAUGGACUUCGAGGACGAUCGAAUAGAGAAAUUGAAUGAAAUUGCAGGCAUCUGUAAAAGUGGGACAGAAUUUAUUGAAAAUCUGUUUUCUGUAUAUAUUGACUAUGAAACAAGAAAAAUUGAUACUUCUAAGGAUAGUGAUUACUUUAUGAAGGCACAGGUGCGCAAGACCAUUGAAAACAACUUCACCGACAUAAAUAGACUGCUGCUCAUACAAAAGAUCAAUGAUUUAGACUAUAAGGCGAAAUUAGUUGCCUGUUCUAUCGUCUAUACCAUGGACCAAAAGCUAUCUCCUGAGCAUCCCAUUGUUCGUUUUACCUCCAACAUAAUAGGAAGCACAGAGCUAGAUAACUGGGAAAUGCAAUGGCAGCUGCUUCCGUCGAUUAUAUGCGCAGGCCUGCUUAAUAAAAGCGGAAGCAGCCGCAGCUACCCGAAUAUAAAUCUUUCAAAGGAAAGGCAUGAAAGCAUCAUGAAAUACAUAAAGUAUUAUAAUUUUAUUAAGUAUGUGCUAGAUUGUGAUAUAUCCAUUUUCAUUGUAUGGAUUAAAUACUGCAUAGAAAACUUUGAUUCAUAUAAUGAGAAGGGAGUUUAUGAAUUAUUAUUAGGCGUUUCAGUAGUUUAUGAUAUUUACGAAUAUAUAUUUAAAGACCAAAGCAUGAAGUAUUCUGAUGCAAUUGAUGAGACAAUAGCACGAGACUAUCCCGAGAAGAAAGAUAUGAUAAUAAGUGAUCUUCACUAUACAUGGUUUAUAUAUCUUAUUUUAGAGAAAAGAUUAAAUAUAGAGCUGAUUAAGACAAACUUUGACGCCAUCCAAAAUUCAAACUACAUUCCAUCUACUUUCAUAUAUUAUAAUGAGCAGGUCAUUACCCAAGCCCUCACAAAUCUAAAAGGCCAGCUAUGCUGUAGUAAAGACUCUAUUGCCAGGUUUGACGAGCUUAUACGCCAAUAUAAGCCAGACCCUGCCACUUCAUGA